GGCUUGGCGGACGGCUCGCCCACGCCCGUGAGUAACCAGGACCCUCACUCGUGCUCCGCGGACGUGCUCCAGGACCCUCCCUGGUCUCGCCGGCCGAGUUGUGUACACUUGAGUGAAGUCGUGCUUCGGGCUGAGCAGAGUGCCUGGCAUAGGAUAUGACUGUAAAUAUUUAGCUCUACAAGAAGAAAUGGCAUUUAUACACAAAAGAAAGACAUGAUUCCUUGGUUUUAAGUAAAUACAACAUAAUGCAUCCUAAAAGUGCCUGGACUGUAGGUCUGCCUGACGGAGGACCCGCCACGACACCAUUAAUCCCCCAGUGAUUAACAUAUGGAAUGGGGUACCAGUGAUGGAAAAUGACCACAAUUAACUCCCUUUCAAGACUCGUUCCCAGACAGCUGAUCAGGACCAAGACUGGGAUUUCUAGUCUUUGGGUCCUUAACAGUGAAACGUUCUGUUGAGAAGCCCUGCUUAAAUUACUUUCUUCAGCACACUGAAAGCAGCAGAACAAAAGCACUGCUACUGCCACAAAGGAAGCUGGGUCACAGGCCUUUGAAGAAGACUUGCACAGCUCAUCUUUAAGUCUUUCCCUAAUGGAUGGUGUGUUUUGACUGCAGUACCAAAGGUCACAGCUGGGCAAACAUAACCUACAGGAUAUUUCUUUUCAUCAGUUGCUUGGAGUCGCGUGGUGUUCACUAGAGGUUGAUCUGUUUCAGAUAUGGGAGCAAGAGUUUCAGAGCCUACAUUCUCCAUGUUCAGGUCCAGUCCCCAUGCUUCUCCAUGGCAAGUUGUUCUCCCUGUAUCUGCUCUGCCUCUCACUGGGACAAGGCUCAACCAGGUGUGUUUUGACUGUGGUGCCAAAAAUCCCAGCUGGGCGAGCAUAAGCUAUGGGGUGUUUCUCUGCAUCGACUGCUCUGGAUCACACCGGUCGCUCGGGGUUCACUUGAGUUUUAUUCGGUCCACAGAGCUGGAUUCAAACUGGUCAUGGUUUCAGCUUCGAUGCAUGCAGGUUGGAGGGAACUCGAAUGCUUCUUCCUUCUUCCACCAACAUGGGUGUGCCACCAAGGAUACCAACGCCAAGUACAACAGCCGUGCGGCUCAGCUCUACAGGGAGAAGAUCAAGACCCUGGCUACCCAGGCUACCCGCAGGCACGGCACCGAUCUGUGGCUGGACAGCUGCUCGGCUCCACCUGUGUCCCCUCCUCCAAAGGAGGAGGAUUUUUUUGCCUCUCAAGUCUCACUGGAGGUCAGUGGUACUGUGCAGGCAUCUGCCCGGUCAGAGCCAGCCUCCUCAACACCAAGGGGCUUGGAAGCCACUCCAGAAAAACAUGAAGGUGGGCCAGGCCAAGGGCCAAGUGUGGAAGGUCUGAACACCCCUGGGAAGGCUGCACCAGCAGAGGUUUCAUCCAUUAUAAAAAAGAAGCCAAGUCAAGCAAAAAAAGGACUUGGAGCCAAAAAAGGAAGCUUGGGAGCCCAGAAACUGACAAAUACAUCCUUCACUGAGAUCGAAAAGCAAGCACAGGCUGUGGACAAGAGGAAGGAGCAGGAAGACCUGGCCAGGGGCGCCCCAAAGGAGGAGUCUAUCAGUGUUUCGUCAUUGCGGUUGGCCUAUAAGGAUCUGGAAAUCAACAGCAAGAAGGAUGAAAGACUGAACCUGAGCGGCCAGAAGAAGGUGGAAGCUGAGCGGCUGGGCAUGGGCUUCGGAAGCUGCAGGAGUGGCAUCUCCCACUCGGUGACUUCAGACAUGCAGACCAUUGAGCAGGAGUCACCCACACUGGCAAAGCCAAGGAGGAAGUACCAGGAGGACCCAGAGGACUCCUACUUCAGCUCCAGCUCCAAGUGGUCUGAACAGAGCAGCAGCAGGUACUUUGACGACCCAAUGGAGCUAAGAAGCAGCUCCUUUUCCAGCUGGGAUGACAGUGCCGAUUCCUACUGGAAGAAAGAUAGCAGCAGAGACCCUGAGCCUGCCAUGAGAAGCACAGGCUCUUCAGAGAGGCCCAGUGCUCGCCGGAAGCCAGAGUAUGAGCCCAUUGGCAAUACAGACGAAGCCCAGAAGAAGUUUGGCAAUGUCAAGGCCAUAUCCUCUGACAUGUACUUUGGAAUCCAAGCCCAGGCAGAUUUUGAAACCCGGGCGCGGCUGGAGAGGCUCUCCACCAGCUCCUCCAUAAGCUCUGCAGAUCUUUUCGAUGAACAGAGGAAGCAGACCGCAGGAAACUACAACCUCUCGAAUGUGCUGCCCAAUGCCCCGGACAUGGCGCAGUUCAAGCAAGGUGUGCGCUCCGUUGCUGGAAAACUUUCCGUCUUUGCCAAUGGGGUCAUGACAUCCAUUCAGGAUCGCUACGGCUCUUAAUCCUGGUGCCAGGCUGUCCAACCUGGUAAAACUCCACUUCAGAUGGACCUGAGACCACGCCUGGCUGCGCUGACGCCCCAGCUGCUUUGCAGAUAGACUCUACUAGUUGGCAAGGCAUUUACACAUUUCUGAGUUUUCAUGUUUCCUUUGAGACAUCCCAUUUCUAUGUAGUGGGGCUUUGCAUUCAUUCCUGGUUUAGGUUAGCGCCUUGUGUCUGUCGAGCAUCAUAUCCUUGCUUCAUCUUUGGGGCAUCUUUAGUUCCAAGAACUGGAAGCCUGAGCUGUUGGCUCCUCCCACCUCUCUCCAGCUUGGGAGCCUUCACCUGGGCCGAGAGCAUCCUGGACUGUGGGCUCAGGGCUGCCAGCUCCGGAUGGUGCUGGCUGGGCUGGGGAAGUAAAUCCACAGCACAUGCUUCUCACUGCAAAGGAGCAAAACAACAAAAACAAAAACAAGACCAGAAGUGCCCAGCCCCUUGCUGACAGAUUGCUUCGAGUGUAUCCCCACACAACAAGGAGAUUUCACACAACACACACUUAAAGCCAUCUGUCACUCUGUAAAUUAUUUUGUACAUUCUCUACUCUUAAAAGUGUUCCCCACUCAGCUCCUUUAACAAGCCUGAGCUUCCAUGAUGCCAAGGGGUUCACUGCCAUCUGGGAAGAGUGGGGCCAGCUGAGGGCUCCCACGUGCACUCAGAAGUCAGCAGCGCCAGGAGCUCAGGCUCAAGACAGCAGGGCGGCUUCAGGACAAGGCUCCGACCUGGGGAGAGGGCGAUUAUAAUCUGGUAGUUUUGUUAAUAUUUUUUUAUCUUGACCUUGAUGUUCCAAAAGUUACAGGAUAGAUGUAAAUCGAUAAAAAUCAUUUGGCUGUGUUUUAGACAGCACCAGAAUAUAUUGUUCAGUGCAGUAAAAUAUAUUUGGAAUUUGAUGAACCAAAAA